UCAUACCUCCACUGUAGCUACUUAACAAAGCGGAGUAGCGCGAGUACGAAUGCUUUGUUGAAAAACUAACUACGUCUUAAGACCGCAGUCAAGAUGGAUAAAAAGUCCUUUGAAACGGUGCUGGAUGAAAUUAGAAAGGCUGUUUUGACAGAAUAUAAAUUAAAAGCAAUUGAAUAUGUGCAUGGAUACUUCUCUAGUGAACAGGUAGUUGAAUUGCUGAGAUACUUUUCUUGGGCUGAACCCCAGCUGAAAGCAGUGAAAGCAUUACAACAUAAAAUGGUGGCUGUCCCUGCAGCAAAAGUGGUCAACAUCCUCAACUGUUUCACCUUCAGCAAAGAUAAGCUGAUUGCCCUUGAACUGUUAGCUUCGAACAUUGUUGAUGCACAGAAUUAUCGCCUUAUUGAAGAUCUUUUUAGGAUCAACAUGUCUGAAAAGAAGCGGUGUAGGAGAAUUCUUGAGCAGGCUUUAAAGGGAGGUUGUAAAGCUCCUCAUGCCAUGAUAUCUUCUUGUGGAAUGAUUCCUGGCAACCCAUAUCCUAAAGGGAAACCCAGUCAGAUAAAUGGAACUUUCCCAGGAUUCCCUAUCAAAAAAGAUGGAGAAGAUUGUACAAACGAGGGCAAAGGAAUAGCUGCACGAAUACUUGGCCCAUGUAAACCAGCUCCUGCAACAUAUAAUCCACAUAAACCUGUUCCAUAUCCUAUACCCCCCUGCCGACCUCAUGCAACUAUUGCACCAAGUGCUUAUAACAAUGCGGGUUUGGUACCACUGGCUAAUGUCAUAGCUCCAGGAGUCCCACCUCCACCUCCAUAUACCCCUAACCCAGUGGCAACAGAAAAUGAGGAACUUUCUAAUCCAUCAAAACCUCAAAAUCCAACAUUUUCUUCACACUCAAAUCAGCUUUUUUCUCCUCAUUGUUCCAAUCCUUCAACACCUGUUGCUACUCCAGUCCCUACUCCCUCUCCAGUGAAGGCAGCAAAUCAUCCAUCAGCACCAGCAACGCCAGUCAUUUCUGGGAUGAACUCAUCUACUCCUGUCCUUCCUGUGUUCCCAGGACAGGCCUCUGCUGCAAACCAUACACCUCAGUCAUCAAAUCUGACAUCAACUGUCAUCAAAACCAUUUCCCUACCCACUGUCCCUGUUACAUCUGUACUUAGCACCACAUCGGCCCCUAUCCCCACAGUUUUUUCUGGUUUGACUCCUAUGUCAGGUCUUGCAACUGCUCCUCCUCCUGCCCCACAGGGGUCUGCUCCACCCUGUGUCCCUCCUGUUCCCAAUGAAGCAUUUGCUUCUGCUUCUGCUCCUGCUCCUGCUCCUGCUCCUUUUAACAGCCUCCCUUUUCCUGCUACUUCUACAUCUGUUUCUACUAAUAACCUUAAUCCUGCUCCAUUGUCAUCAGUUUUUGCAGGGCUUCCUUUGUCCUUAACACCCACUCCCCAAGUGGUAUCCAGCCCAGCUCCCUCUGUAAUUGCUGGUGGUCCUGCUACCAGUCUUCCUGGGCUGAAUAAUCCGAUUCUGUCCGUCUUAAAAGGAUUUCUGACAUCAAAUGAUACAACUUCAAUCAACUCUUCUGCUUUGGCGUCAUUAUCUUCUCUCACUAAUCAAAACUCUGAUACUCCCACUCCAUCCGUUAACAAGUGCUAUACACCAUCAGCUACGCCUACUCCCCAAAGGUCUGCCACUCCAGGCAUGGCCAUAUUCCCAGGUCUUUCCUCUCCUUCCGUGGCCAACCCAAGUUCCACUCCCCCUUCCUUGCCAGCACAAUCUUCUUUAGUCACUUCCUCGUCAUCAUCAAUAGCACUCCCAGUUAGUGGUGGUUCCUCAACUUCUCUUUUGCAUGGCCCCCACCCAGGUAAUCCCGAACUGCAGAUCCCAGCUACCCCUGUGGUCACAAGCAUUCCUGUCAUGGUAAAAACUGAGCCUACAAGCCCUACUCCUUCAGCUUUCAAAGGCCCAUCCCAUCCUGCUAAUCCGACUCAUAGCACUUUAGGCCUAUCAGCAGCAUUAGGUCGGGCAUUUACUUCAGCAGCAGCGUCAGUGCCAGUUAGUUUAUCCACUUGCCUUAAUCCAACUUUAUCAGGCCUUUCCUCCUUGAGUGCUCCCCUAAAUGGUUCUACACCUCUUUCUUUGACCCCUCAUGGUUCCUCCACACCAAUUGCUCCUGUGUUUACUGCUCUUCCUCCUUUCACUUCUUUGACCAAUAACUUUCCUCUUGCUGGCAACCCAGCACUUAAUCCUUCUGUCUCUCUCCCAGGGUCAUUAAUAGCCACUCCCUCUACAACUGCCUCCUCCACAUCGGUCCCUCAUCCCACUUCUACUGCAGCUGUGAUCUCAGGCCUUACAGCCUCCGCCCCUGUUUCAGCAGCACCUUUUCCCCUCAACUUAUCUACAGCUGUUCCAUCCCUUUUCUCUGUUCCACAAGGGCCUCUACCAUCUUCAAACCCAUCUUACCAUGGCUUCCCUGUCUCCAACACUCCAACAGUUACUCCUGCACUCCCUUCCUUCCCGGGGUUCCAAGCAUCAUCUACAGUAGCAGCAGCUGCACCAUUGCCAGCAGCUGCUACAGCUCCAUCACCAGCUCCGGUCUUGCCAGGAUUUGCAUCUGCAUUUAGUUCCAAUUUCAACUCUGCACUUGUGGCACAAGCUGGAUUGUCGUCUGGACUUCAAGCAGCUGGAAAUUCUGUUUUUCCUGGACUUUUGUCACUCCCAGGAAUACCUGGAUUUUCCCAGAACCCUUCACAAUCUUCAUUGCAGGAACUGCAGCACAAUGCAGCUGCACAGUCGGCUCUUUUACAGCAGGUACAUUCAGCUUCAGCUUUGGAGAGCUAUCCUACUCAGCCUGAUGGAUUUCCUAGUUAUCCUUCAGCACCUGGAACCCCAUUUUCACUGCAGACUGGACUUUCCCAAAGUGGGUGGCAGUGAAUAUAAAUUUUAAAUCAUUUUUUGUUUUGUUUUGUUUUCUCCCUCCUAUGGAAGAAGACCAAAAUGAUUUCCUAGUUAUCCUUCAGCACCUGGAACCCCAUUUUCACUGCAGACUGGACUUUCCCAAAGUGGGUGGCAGUGAAUAUAAAUUUUAAAUCAUUUUUUGUUUUGUUUUGUUUUCUCCCUCCUAUGGAAGAAGACCAAAAUUGUUUAAGGACUGUGGUGAACACCCUGGCGAAAAAAGAAGUUGGGGAGAAGUCAGAAAAUGAGAAUCAGGAUUACUUUGGGGAAAUUGGAGUGUUUCAGAGAAUUAAAUUGUAGCUUCAAUUUUUCUUUAUAGCAGUUUUAAGUAUGGACAUUUUCCCAUGUAAAUAGGACUAACAAAUCAUAUGGGAAACAAUAUUACAAAAGUGUUCUGUAUUUAUCAGCUCCCAUGCUAUGAAAUUUUGGUAUGUGUGAUCUGUAUAGAAAGAAUGAUAAAGAGGAGAUUGGAUUCUUUACAACCGAAUACAGCCUUAAAUCUUCCUGUGAUUUCGCUUGACAUCAUGUAAUAGUUGUGCCUAGGGAUUAAAGGUUGCAUGUGGCCCUUAGGGUUUUCCCUUAGUAUGCAUGAGUAGUUCCUAUUAGUAUCAAUAGGAACUCAGAGUGUAUACAUGAAGGGGACUUAAGACUCCUUCCUGAUACCUUUCCUUCCCCAUUCUUUUCCCUGCCCCAAUAGUUUUUAAAUACUAAUAUGAAAUGUCUUGCACAUACUGCUGAACUGAACUGAAGAAUAUAUUUUGGACAAGGAAAAACUAGAAAAAUGGUGCUUACUCUGGUCAUUAGAAUGACUAUUUCAGGUAUUUUGAGUAAAAUUAUACUUCUAGGCAUGCUUUCUUACAGAAAUACAUCUGAAUCUGUAAUAAUUUGCCUUCAGGAUAUAUUUCUUAACAAUAGAGGUGACAGCAUUUGUACAAAUAAUAACAAUUGACUGGUAUGUAGGCCAUCUCUCUUGUUUGUUGUACUGGAAAUCUUUGGUGAAUGUUUACAAUCAUGGGAUUUAGUAUUUCUCUUUGAAAGACAUCAUGCUUAAAUACUGAAAAAAUGAUAUGGCAGCAUAUAGAAAAGAUUUGCUUUGUUAGUGAAAUGCAGUGUGCACUCUAUUUUGUACCUGUGGUAGUGUAACACAUGAUUGAAAAUCAUUUGUUUAAGAAAGCUCUCUCUCUACCAGAUUUUAGAGAGACUGGUUUCCAAUCUUGUGAUUACAAGUGUGAACUAUAGAAAAUCUACUGUAGAACAUUUCAGCACCUAGAGGUUUUACUUUUUUAAAGAUGGUCUUGGAUGGAAGAUGUUGCUAAUGUAUUUUCCUUUAAACAGGGGAACAAACUUUUUAAGCCUAUUAAUAAAAAUAUUCCUGUAUGAUUAGUUUUUAACACAAUUUUUAAAAUAAAGUUUACAGACAUGGUACAAA